GAUUUCAGUGGUACAGGCAUGGAUGGGAAGAAAUGCAGUGUAUGGAUGUUUCUACCUCUUGUAUUCACUUUGUUUACUUCAGCUGGCUUGUGGAUAGUGUACUUUAUAGCCGUGGAAGAUGACAAAAUUUUGCCAUUAAAUUCAGCUGCAAGGAAAUCUGGCGCGAAGCAUGCCCCGUACAUCAGGUAACUUUGAUUCUGCCCAACCUGUUGAACUUAAGGAAAGUCCAUGUCAGACCCACGAAGUUACAGAUUUGAAUAGCCAGACUCUAAGGCUACGUCUUUUUCCAGUUUUGCAGGCGACGAUCCUCCUGCAAGCUGUGUGUUCAGUCAAGUGAUGAACAUGGCCGCCUUCCUAGCCCUGGUGGUAGCUAUUCUGCGCUUCAUCCAGCUGAAACCAAAGGUUUUAAACCCAUGGCUGAAUAUUAGCGGAUUGGUGGCGCUGUGUCUGGCUUCCUUUGGAAUGACCUUACUUGGUAAUUUCCAGCUCACAAAUGAUGAAGAAAUCCAUAACGUGGGGACAUCCUUGACCUUUGGGUUUGGCACACUGACCUGCUGGAUACAGGCUGCACUGACACUCAAAGUCAACAUCAAGAAUGAAGGGCGGAGAGUUGGAAUUCCACGAGUCAUCCUGUCAGCUGUUAUCACUCUCUGUGUAGUCCUGUACUUCAUCCUCAUGGCCCAAGAUAUCCACAUGUACGCAGCCAGGGUCCAGUGGGGCCUGGUCAUGUGCUUCCUGUCCUACUUCGGCACGCUGGCUGUGGAGUUCCGGCACUACCGCUAUGAGAUUGUGUGCUCCGAGUACCAGGAGAACUUCCUGAGCUUCUCAGAGAGCCUGUCAGAAGCGUCUGAAUAUCAAACCGACCAGGUGUAACCCAUCAGGUUGUCCUUGGGGAUGUGGUGGGUGUGGCAACGGGGGAGGGGCCAGGAGGAUACACUCACGGGACUUGACACAUCACCUCAUAACACGUUUCACACACACGGACACAUAUUCGUGGCCACAUAUUCGUGGCCACAU